UUAUUAGUAGUUGACAUAAGGUUCGUUUGACAGAUCUUAUGUCUUUCUUGUGAAUAUUGUAGUCCAACAUGGCUCGUGGUCCGAAGAAGCACUUAAAGCGUCUUAACGCGCCGAAAGCAUGGAUGUUGGACAAAUUGGGUGGCGUGUACGCGCCUCGACCAUCCACUGGUCCCCACAAGUUGCGUGAAUGUUUGCCGCUGGUGAUCUUCCUGCGCAACAGGCUGAAGUACGCCCUCACCGGUAAUGAGGUUCUAAAGAUCGUAAAGCAGCGCUUGAUCAAAGUUGACGGCAAAGUGCGGACAGACCCUACUUACCCUGCUGGAUUCAUGGAUGUUGUAUCCAUUGAGAAGACCAAUGAAUUGUUCAGACUUAUCUAUGAUGUCAAGGGACGUUUCACAAUCCACCGCAUUACCCCAGAGGAAGCUAAGUACAAGCUGUGCAAAGUGCGCGCAGUUGGUACAGGACCUAAGAGCGUGCCUUACCUGGUGACACACGAUGGCCGCACGGUGCGCUACCCCGACCCCCUCAUCAAGGUCAAUGACUCCAUCCAGCUGGACAUUGCCACCUCUAAAAUCAUGGACUUCAUCAAGUUUGAGUCUGGCAACCUGUGCAUGAUCACGGGAGGUCGUAACUUGGGGCGAGUGGGCACAAUCGUGUCCCGUGAAAGGCAUCCAGGUUCCUUUGACAUUGUGCACAUCCGGGACUCUACCGGACACACAUUCGCCACUAGGAUGAACAAUGUGUUCAUCAUCGGUAAGGGCACUAAGGCGUACAUCUCGCUGCCACGCGGCAAGGGAGUGCGUCUCACCAUCGCAGAGGAACGCGACAAGCGCAUCGCUGCAAAGGUCGCCGCGCAGUGAACACAACAUUAAACUAUAAGAACUA